CAUGUCAUUGUCCAAUCAUCGUCUUUUGCUAACGGGCCACAAAAAUGAAACGGAAAAAUGAUGUUUCCUAACGUCAUCCUUAACAGAAGGGGUGAUUUGCGGAUUUCAUGUAGUAGAAGGGCUGAUUUGCCAGUGUUUCUUGUACAGGGGCUGAAUUGCCACAACAUUGCAGGUACAGGGGCUGAAUUGCACCUUCUGCCUUUUUAAUAAAAUAAUUACAAAAUUAAUCAUUUUCUCGACACGUGUUAUUACGUAAUAUGAAAAUUGCGAGGGAAGAUGGUCUGAUCGGCUGAUCCCACCUCCCCGGAAAUAUGCACACGUGUUCGUCUCCUAGCUUCCAUCAACCGCCAUGGCAGUAUCACCAUUUUUCUGCCUCUGCUCUUGUUUCUUCCAAGAAACGGUUUCGAAAUCACCACAUAUAUUUCGCUCUCUUCAGUUGAAAGCUGAUACCGACACUUUCCUUCGGCGUGAAAAUCAUCUCUCCGCACCUGUCCCUGUCUUCCCCCUCCUCCCGUUCCGAUCAGAUCCUUUUCUCCUUCUCCACAUUUCAAAGCUUAUGCCUCACCUCUCACAUAGUUUUAACGUGAAAAACGGCUCCGUUUUAGAGCUCAAUUCAGUUGUCCAUGGCGAACUACUUUCUUCCGUGUCCUCGUUGAAGCUCACUUCUGCUUUUACUGCUGAGAAUUUUGUGGUGACUUCUCGGGACGGAGGUUAUAACGUGGCAAUGCGUGGGCGGUAUGUGGAUGGGUUGAUGCACAAGCGUGGCGGUGGCUCCAGAGAACAUAUCAAUGUUUAUGAUAGAGAAGAAGGUUCAGUACGUUGGCUGAAUGGCGUGGGCAAAGACAUUGGAAACCCCAAUUGGAAGCGUUCCUUCCCACAUAUACUUGUGGCAACUGUAUCUUCAUUCCUAUAUGGCUACCACCUUGGGGUAGUCAAUGAAACACUUGAAAGCAUUUCUAUUGACCUUGGUUUUCAUGGGAAUUCCUUGGCUGAAGGUCUUGUGGUUAGUACAUGUUUAGGGGGUGCCUUUAUUGGAUCUCUAUUUAGUGGUUCAAUAGCAGAUGGGGUUGGCCGGCGCAGGGCAUUUCAGCUAUGUGCUUUACCAAUGAUAAUUGGGUCUUCAAUGAGUGCAACAACCAAAAACCUGAGGGGUAUGCUUCUAGGAAGAUUAUUUGUUGGAACUGCAAUGGGAAUUGGUCCACCUGUAGCAACUCUUUAUGUGACAGAGGUUGCACCAGCUUUUGUAAGAGGUACUUAUGGCAGUUGUACUCAGAUUGCAACAUGUCUUGGACUCUUAGGAUCUCUGUUUAUUGGACUUCCAGCUAAGGAAAUUGUUGGUUGGUGGCGAAUUUGUUUUUGGGUAUCUGUUGUUCCUGCUGCAAUUCUAGCUCUUUUUAUGGAGUUUUGUGCAGAGAGUCCUCAUUGGCUCUUAAAGAGAGGAAGGGGCACUGAAGCUGAAGCUGAAUUUGAGAAACUUUUAGGAGGACCAUAUGUCAAAUCUGCAAUAGCAGAAUUGUCAAAGUCAGACAGAGAGGAUGAGCCAGAUUCGGUGAAGUUCUCGGAGUUGCUUUAUGGCCGCCAUUUUAAAAUGGUUUUCAUUGGGUCUACCCUUUUUGCUUUACAACAGCUCUCAGGCAUAAAUACUGUAUUUUAUUUCUCAUCAACUGUCUUCAAGAAUGCUGGAGUACCUUCAGACUCUGCAAACAUAUGUGUUGGAAUUGCAAAUUUGUUAGGAUCUAUUACUGCAAUGCUUUUGAUUGAUAGACUUGGAAGGAAAGUGCUACUUAUUGGAAGUUUUUCAGGCAUGGCUGUGGCAAUGACUCUUCAAGCAACAGCAGCUAGUUCUUUUGCCUCAAGUGCAGGAGCAGCAGUGUAUCUCUCUGUUGGAGGCAUGCUGUUGUUUGUUUUGACCUUUGCUUUGGGUGCUGGUCCAGUCCCCGGGCUAUUCCUAUCAGAAACAUUACCUGGUCGUGUUAGGGCAAAGGCUAUGGCAACAUGCAUGGCUGUGCAUUGGGUAAUAAAUUUUUUUGUUGGUCUAUUGUUUUUGCGGUUGCUUGAGCAAAUUGGGCCAUUAAUUCUGAACACAAUCUUUGCCACCUUUUGUUUGCUGGGAGCAAUUUUUGUGAGGAGGAAUGUAAUGGAAACUAAAGGAAAAUCACUGCAAGAAAUCGAGAUUGCACUUCUUCCACCAGAAUAGAGGAAGCCAAUGGAGAUUUCACAAGUUCACUGUUCCCAUUUCCAAGUUCCGAUCCGAAAUCAUAAGACUAAGACAAAUGCAGUUUUAGUUGGAGAAUCUGAAAAAAGAACACAUGCAUCAGGUGCUUACCCUUGAAGGCCUAUGUAUAUCGUCAGAGUUUCGUUUUUGCUUUUUCCGUGAAUAUUUGGUGAGCACAAUGGUUGGCUUUCUUUCUUCCAGAAAGUACUAGUGCAGCAUGUCUUUUUUCUCCCUUUUUUGGCCAAAAGUGUAGCAAUGUAUUGAAACCCAUAGUUUCUUUAAUAAUAUUUCAUCUUCAAC